AUGCAGCUAUUUGCUGAUAAUCCAAAUUCAUUCUUGGAAAACUACUCGAAACAAUUCUUGGACGACUUUCUGAAACUCUUGUCAAGGAGGUAUAACUCACGACGAGUCCAUGCCAAUCUCGUCUAUCAGGAAUACAUCUCAGAUCGCGAACAUCUUCACAUGAAUGCUACACGAUGGAACUCUUUAGGCGCUUUUGUACAAUACUUGGGUCGUGAAUCUAUAUGUGAAGUCGACGAGACAGAAAAGGGCUGGUUUAUAAAAUGGAUUGAUCGAUCACCUGAAAAUCUGGCACGACAAGAAGCCAUUCAGAAGAAGGAACGAGGAGAAAAGUCAGAUGCUGAGCGAGAACAAAAGAUGCUGGAUGAACAGAUUGAGAAGGUUGCUGCCGUCACUAAUGCCUCAGAAGCUCAAUACACCGAACUGCAACGAGACUCGGAAGAAGAAAAGAUCAAAUUGAAUCUCAAUCUUAAGGUUGGUUUUGCCAAACCGCUAUUCAAGAAACCGGAACCAAAGAAGAUGAAUGCUUUGGCCAUGGCUUCCAAAAAGUCGGUCGACGCCUCUGCAUCAAAAGUUUUGUCGUCUUCAGCUCCUCUGUUAGGUAAAAGGAUGAGUGAAGUCGAAGCUUUGAUCAAUGAGGAUAGGUUGAAGAAACAGAGAAUGGAGGCUUGA